AUGUUCCCAGCCAAUAGCUCAUGUAUUCAUCCCAAAUCCUUCCUGCUGUUGGGAAUCCCAGGACUGGAAAAUAUGCAGCUGUGGCUUGGCUUCCCAUUUGGUACAGUGUAUCUGAUUGCCCUCCUGGGGAAUGUCAUCACCCUCUUUGUCAUCCAGAUUGAGCGCAGCCUUCACCAGCCCAUGUUCUACUUAUUGGCUAUGUUGGCUCUGACUGACUUGGGUCUGUCCACUGCAACCAUCCCUAAAAUGCUGGGCAUAUUCUGGUUUGGCUUCAGUGAGAUUGCCUUUGGGGGCUGUUUAGCUCAAAUGUUCUUCAUACACCUGUUUACAGGCAUUGAAACGUUCAUGCUCGUAGCCAUGGCUUUUGAUCGCUACAUUGCCAUUUGCCACCCUCUCCGAUACAACACAAUCCUCACGAACAAAACAAUUUGUGCUAUUGCUGCAGUAGGAAUGUUGAAAAAUUUUAUUUUGGUUUUUCCACUUGUAUUCCUCAUUCUAAGGCUUUCAUUCUGUGGACGUAAUAUUUUAUCUCAUACCUAUUGUGAACACAUGGGUCUUGCCCGUCUGGCCUGUGUCAGCAUAAAGAUCAAUAUAUUAUUUGGAUUAAUCCUUAUCUCUAUGAUACUCUUGGAUGUUAUUUUCAUUGCUGUCUCCUAUGUGAAGAUUCUCCAUGCCGUCUUCAAACUUCCAUCUUGGGAGGCCAGGCUCAAGGCUCUUAAUACCUGUGGUUCUCACGUGUGUGUUAUCUUAGCUUUCUUCACUCCAGCCUUUUUCUCCUUUAUGACUCAUCGGUUUGGCCACAGUAUUCCACGUUAUAUCCAUAUCCUUCUGGCUAAUUUAUAUGUGAUCAUCCCUCCUGCUCUUAACCCUCUAAUUUACAGGGUAAGAACCAAGCUAAUCCGAGAUCGUGUGGUGAUGAUCUUCCUUUUUAAGGAAAUUUGA